UACGGUCAUAGACGACAGCAUAUAAAAAUAUAAAUGAAAAGAAUUUCUUAAAUUAAUGCUGGUUGAAACAACCAAUUAAAUUGAAAGAAAAUUAAUUAAAAACCAAUUAAAACAUUGCAAAAGAAAUUUAUCUACUAAGUCGAAGUGUUUUAGGCCAAGUGAAGAAAAGUGCAGAAAACCAUAGAGAAAUUUUAAAAUUUAGCAAAUUGGAACAAAAGGCUUUGGCCUGUUCUACCCGCUGAAAUGUUAAUACGCUGGAAAAGCAAAGAUAAAAGUUCACCGAACCCUGCAAAUGCCAGCAGUGGUGGUGGCAGUGGAGGCGGGGGUGGCAGUAGUGGCUCCAGCAGCAGUAGUUCCAAAAAGAAACGCAAAGGACGCGAGGGCGAUGAGAACUGGCAAAAUGACAUGAAAUCCGGUCAUAUGCAAAACACCGAACAAGACAGAAGACGUAAUAUGCGUAGGGAGGACCCUCGCAGACACACGCUAGGUGGUGAUAUGUUAUCCUAUGUCAAUCAACAGAAUCAACAACAGACUCUGAAAGCCAUGGAUUUGGAGAUGAGCUCUCGCAUGCAGAAAAGCAAAAAGAUGCAACCCUCACGCGGCUAUACACCCAUCAAUCAGGGGCCCCUGUUCGAUGAUGAUCCCGGCAUCAUGUCCGAAGUUGAGACAGCCAGUACUGGGUUUAGACGUGGCGGUAAGCAACGUUCUUCGUUACCCGUUGUGCGUACACCUUCGAAAACCUUAGAAAGACCUCUAGGUUUGGUAUUCUUGCAGUAUCGUUCUGAGACCAAGAGGGCCUUGUUGCCCAAUGAAAUCACCUCCAUAGAUACGGUGCGUGCCUUGUUUGUGCGCUCGUUUCCCAGGCAAUUGACCAUGGCCUAUUUGGAGGGACCAAAUGUCAAGAUUUACAUACACGAUGCCAGUAAGGAUAUGUUCUAUGAGUUGGAAGAUGUGCGCUCACAUUUAAGGGAAAUUCGAGAUCGUUCAGUGCUGCGUUUAUUCGAAUCGACAGAGGUGGCAGCACCGCCACAAAUAUUGCCGGGAGGGCCAGGGAUACCACAGCCACUGCCUCAACCAAAUCCUACGCAUUGGGAUCAAGAUCAGAGUUACUUCAGUGAACCAGAAUUCGAUUCGGAUUAUAAAAAUCAACACAUACAUAAAUCCAAGAUUGGCAAACAGGCUCCUUAUUAUGUUGGCGCCUCACAAACAUUGCCCCGUGGAAUGUAUACCGAUCGCAACAAAGUAGCCAUGGGAACGCCAUUGAAACCUUUAAGAACGCCCAACUCCAGGGGUAGCAUGGAACCCUUGUUUCCUUAUCCCCCGGAUCAGUUAUACAGUAUACCAGAUGGUUACACCAGUUCCCCAGAACGUUCUACACGUGGCAAUUAUGAAGAACCUUCGUAUUAUCAAUAUGGUACCCGGGGACCCGUGAUAGCACCCAUCAUAGAUGAGGAACAAACGGAAGUUACCAUGACCGAGGAUCAAUAUGCUUUGUAUGGCAUUAAAAUGGGUCCAGGACGCAUGCCUCGUAACAAUCAGAUGUAUGAUCCUACAAGACCGGAAGACUUGCAUCGUUUUCGUGUAGAACACAUGGAACGUCAAUUGGCUAAUUUAACCGGCUUGGUGCAGAAGGCUUUGGUAAAUCAAAAUCCACAAAUAGCCCCCAUACCAGUGCCAACAUUGGAUCCCAACUAUUUGGUAGUACCCACACAAUGUCAUGUAAACGGCUCUGGUGACGAUCAAUAUGUGCGUGAAAAAGCACCAAAGUUGGGCAAAAAUGCUUGUGGCAAAUCAGUAUCAUUUGAAAAAAGCGUUUCGUUUAGUGAUGACAUACAGGGCAUUCCAAAAUCACACAGUCCUCAACAUGCCGCUGAUACCAAGCCCACAAAACCAGCCAUUAAAUCCUCCACUUUGCCAAGAACCUCCUCACAAGGUAAGAGCCAAGAACGUGAUCGCCUUAAACCGCCACCACCUCCCAAACCCAUGGUAUUAGCCCAAACGGCUCAUAACAACUAUAGAGCUGAUAUUGCUUUAGCCCCUGAAGUCUACAAUCAUUUAAGAGGUCUACAGAAGAAGGCCAAAGAUUUACGUACAGAAGUGAGGACUUUACGACGCCUCUCCCAGGCACAGGCUGUAGCAGUGCGUGAGGAUAUAAAGAGCACUUUUAUGCGCAUAAGAGCAACUCUGUUGGCCAGUAGUGGCAGUAUAUGGGGCCAUCAGGAUCAGGAUGCUACAAGAAUUUCACGUGAAGAAGAGUUGUAUAAACAGGAAGUGAUACGUUUGGAGAAAGAUCUAAGUGAUUUAGAGUCAUCAGUAGAAAGUCUGAGAGGAGAAGUGAUUAAUCGCAGAACUAGAGUGAAUAUGACAGCUGUGGAAGAUAUGGCAUUGGUUUUAAGCAGAGCUAGCAAAACCGUGGCCGAAUUAAAAAUGAAAUUUCCCGCUUUGUCCAAUGGUCUGCGCUGUAUUCUUUCAAGUGAAAUGGAAAAAGUGGUUAGAGAAGAAAAGUUCCUAAAAGAAGAACCCGAUCGUUUGGAGUCGGCUUUGAGAAGAUGCAAAAAGCUAACGGGCACUUUGGUGACAUUAAAGAGAUUGGCCAGCGUCCAGGAACAACGUUUACCACCCACUGAACCCCAAAUCAACGAAGAUCCUCCUCGUUCAACUGAUGUUUCUGUGGCCGAUAAGCCAAUCCCACAACCCAGGAUGGGGACGUUCGCUGUCGGCGGGGGAGCCCCACCAGAAAACGCACUCGAUGCUUUGUUAGAUGAAUUGAAAACAUUUUCAAAGCCUCUAAUUGCCAAUAAUGAGAACCGACCCGAUGAUUCCACUUCUGAUGACAGUACCCCCAUGGUACAAAGCACUGUUACCACACAAAUCUCCCAGGCCCAUUUGUAUAACCAAACCGAAGCGAAUAUGGCCAACUGCCUCAAUGAACUAGUGGCCAACAAUGUGGCCAACACCAAUGCCAAGCAGCCCAUCACUGUACCCCUAAUAACGGCCUCGAAUGUCUCCAGCCUACGACGUUUGCACUCUAUGCCCACGCAAUGUGAAGGCGACAUAGUCCCCAUACCAAUAAUGCGUACGGUGGUGGGUAAGCCCCCGGUGCCCGAGCGCAAUGCCGAAUUGAUAAUGAAGGUGAGCGGCAAACGUAUUCCACCCCCACCUCCACCACGCACCAGUUCACGCAGUCCCCUGGCCAGUCCCACCAGUCCCAAUGUUCCCCAAAUCAUGCCCACGGUGAAUGAAAAUGAGACGAAAGAUGCAUCAAUGACAGCCCCUGGAACGGCUGCUUCUUCGGCAGCGGCGGCCGUAGACAGUGGCGGUGAAACUUCGAGCGGCAACGAAUCUGGCAACGACAAUAUGCAACGUCAAGUGGCCCUGGAAAUGCGGCACCAAGAACUAUUGAAGAAACAAAAAGUUUUGCAGGAGCAAUAUCAGCGCUUGCAACAAAUGAGCAAAAUGCCCUCGGUUGACAUGGCCACAGCCACGGGACCCGGAAGUGCUCCAAACUCCAAUAUGGUGCCCCUGCAAAAGAUGGGUAGUGAAUCGAAUAUUCAGCAAAAGAUAAGUCUAACUUUAACGGCGGCGACCAAUGACAAUGCAUCAAAUGCAGGACCCAAUGGUCCCACCACCAACCUCAUGGCCAACGACAAACUGGUCAUGAACAGGGCCAACUCUAUCAAUGGUGGCCCUGGAACCAACAAUAAUUCCAACACUACCACCACCACCAAGCAAGUCUAUGAAACCGAAAUCCUUUAACAUAAAGCAAAACUGACCUGGAAUGAAACCGCCAUAGAUAUCUGAAUGAUGACAUGACAUGGAAAUCCAAAAAGACGAUAAAAAGAAAACAGAAAAAACUAAAAACUACCCCAAGGACUCCCCCCCCCCAAAAAAGGAAAGAAGAAAAUAACGCAACCAAAAAUAAUUGUUAAUUUUUUCAUUUUCAUUAUGGAAUAUGAGUUUUGUUGACUCCGUUAACUAGAAUAAGUGCACAUUUGUGACUAAAGACAUUUAAGAAGAAAAACCAGAAACCCAAGAUGGAGAUGAAACAGGAAAUCUAAAAAACGCCAAGUUGACAUCACAGAUGGAUGACUAAGUUGUAGUGAGUGUUUAAUCAUUUGCGUUUUAGCUAAGCCCCGUUUCGCCAUUUGUUGUGUUUUGGAGAUUUUCAAGGGCCGGGACCGGUAAACGAAAGGGAAACCCUAAAAAAUUAGAGUUUAAUUGUGUGUACGUGUGUGUGUGUGUGUUUAAACUGUUUGUUAAUUAAAACUUUUUCCUAUGUUUGUUUUACAAUCAUUUAAUUUAUGUACACUUAUUAUUAUAUAUAAACAGAUAUAUAUAUGAAAGUUAACAUAUUGUGCACUCAGUUUUUUGACGAAACAAAAAAGAAGUGAAACAUUAAAGAAAACUUAAAAUUAUGAAAAAAACUAAACACAAUGAAAUGAUAAGGCAACUAUGAUAACUAAAAAUUAUACAAAAACAUACAUACAUAUAUAUUAACUAAAAAAUACAUACUUCAACGCAUACAUACGACAUAGAAGAAAUUGAGCAAAUAGAAAAAUAAAUUGGGAUAUAAAAUUUAACGGUUUUUUUUGGGAUAGUUCUUAAAUUUUUUUGUGGGAGCAACACACUUUAUCCCAAAGUUGGAUAGUAAAUAGUUCUCUAUACCCGUAUGUCCUAAU